CUCAGGGGUCCUCGCGCGAAGGCUGAAGGGAGUGUGGCAGGCGGCAGAGAACCCGGCCGGCCGGAAUGCCUCGGUACGCGCAGCUAGUUAUGGGGCCCGCGGGCAGCGGGAAGAGCACCUACUGUUCCACCAUGGUUCAGCACUGUGAAGCCCUCAACCGCUCUGUCCAGGUGGUCAACCUGGACCCUGCAGCAGAGCACUUCAGCUACCCUGUGAUGGCUGACAUCCGGGAACUGAUCGAGGUGGACGAUGUGAUGGAGGAUGAUUCUCUGCGGUUUGGUCCCAACGGAGGAUUGGUAUUCUGCAUGGAGUACUUUGCCAACAACUUUGACUGGCUGGAAAACUGCCUGGGACACGUUGAAGAUGAUUACAUCCUUUUUGACUGUCCAGGUCAGAUCGAGCUGUACACACAUCUGCCUGUGAUGAAGCAGCUGGUCCAGCAGCUUGAACAGUGGGAAUUUCGAGUGUGCGGAGUAUUCCUUGUUGAUUCUCAGUUCAUGGUGGAAUCUUUCAAGUUUAUUUCUGGCAUCCUGGCGGCUCUCAGUGCCAUGAUUUCUCUAGAAAUCCCACAAGUUAACAUCAUGACGAAGAUGGACCUGCUGAGUAAGAAAGCCAAAAAGGAAAUUGAGAAGUUUCUCGAUCCAGACAUGUACUCUCUGCUAGAAGAUUCAACAGGUGAUUUAAGAAGCCAAAAAUUCAAGAAACUGACAAAAGCUGUGUGUGGCUUGAUCGACGACUACAGCAUGGUUCGGUUUCUGCCAUACGAUCAGUCGGACGAGGAGAGCAUGAACAUUGUGCUCCAGCACAUCGACUUUGCCAUUCAGUAUGGCGAGGACUUGGAGUUUAAGGAGCCAAAGGAACAGGAAGAAGAGUCUUCCUCCAUGUUUGAUGAGUAUUUUCAGGAACGGCAGAACGAGUGAGGUUGACUGCACGGUGACCAUCUGAUUGUGGCUGUAGGAAUGCAUUUCUGGAGGAGGUGACUGGAAGCUGCUGCUUGUUUUAAUGUAAACAACGCUGGACCCUCCCCGCAGUGAGCCUGGAUUGUGCUUGGAGCUUUGAAACCAUUACUCUUUCUUUUUCUUUUUCUUUUUUUUUUUUUUUUUGGUUUUUUGGUUUUUCGAGACAGGGUUUCUCUGUAGCUUUGGAACCUGUCCUGGAACUAGCUCUUGUAGACCAGGCUGGCUUCAAACUCAUAGAGAUCCACCUGCCUCUGCCUCCCAAGUGCUGGGACUAAAGGCGUCCGAAACCACUACUCUUUUAAGAGGUUCUAUUCUGAUUUUGGAUUUAAAAAAAAAUCAAAGUAGCAAUUGAUGCACAAAGACUUGUAUAUAAUAUAAAUCAACCGAUCCACACACAUAUAUCUCGUGUGUGUGUGUGUGUGUGAGAGAGAGAGAGAGAGAUUGAGAGAGUGUGUCUAACUUUAUUUUUACGGUUGGAUUUUUGGUUUUUGAGGGGUUUUCUUUUGAUUAAUUUGUUUCUGGAGAGAAACAAUUAUUGUAACAAAACCAUAUAUCUCCAUCCAAAUUAAAAAACUGAAAAGGUAUACAUAAAUCUUAUUUUCCCAAAUCAAACAUGUAUUAUUUAUAUAAUUAAAAAUUAAAACUGUUUUGAA